AUGACGUGCCGGCUAGGAAGAACCCUGUCUAGAAGAAUUUCAAAUCCCUAUUUGGAAACUCCUUCAAACAAGAUUUAUGGAGAAAGUUCUUCCUGUGCUGGGAGAGCUCUCAGGAAUAUUUUUACUCUACAAGCGUCUGACCUGAUUAAAGACAGGGUGUACCUUACUGGCAUUUGCAGGAGAAGCUGUGUUGGAUCGGAACUGGUAGACUGGCUUCUGGAGCAGUGCCCUUUUGUUAAGUGCAGAUCUACAGCAGUUGGAGUGUGGCAGCUUCUCCUGGAUAUGGGCAUUAUAUUAUCAGUGGACAGACAACUCUAUUUUCAAGACACUCAUGCUUUCUACCAGUUCUCAGCGGAUGAAUGUACCUACCUUUUCUGUGAAUUUGAGAAAGAGGAAGGGUGGAAGAAUGGGGUAAAGCUCCUACUUCAGCUACUGCCGCUGUCUCCUCCCAGGAUUGACAUGUGUAAUCUGCCUGAUCAAAAAAUAGAAGAUACGGCAGAAACCAAUGCUGAAAUUCUUGCUCGUCUCACUUCUGCGGUUCAGAGAGAACUGGCUGCUGUCAUUGCCUUGAAAGCAAGGAAGUCAGCAAUUCAUCAAAAUGAAGAAAACAGCAGUCAAGAAAUAAGAGGACUAGAAGAGCUCAAGGAUACCUCUGAUGCUCAGGCAGGGGUUUUGUGCAAGCUUCAGGGAAGAGAUGACAUCGGACGGAUUGAGCUGGUCCAGAAGCUGGCGAGAGAAAACUGCCAGUUUUUGCAGGCGGACAGAAAACCACCGGAGAAGGCAGAACAAAGGCACGGAUACUUAUCAAAUAAAUACAAUAUCAGUUUAGGCCUUUUUGCCAAAUACUUUCGAUAUGAUAACACCGCUUCAGGUGGCUCAGGAGGUCAAGAAGGAGGACAUAUUUUGAGGGAGGAGAAAGGGAGUGAUCCAAGGGAGAUUACUCGGGAAUCUGGUGUCGAUGCUGCUCCUCAUGCUUUGGCAUUGAACUGUUGCUACAUCUACAUCUACAUCUACAUCUACAUCUACAUCUACAUCUACAUCUACAUCUACAUCUACAUCUACAUCUACAUCUACAUCUACAUCUACAUCUACAUCUACAUCUACAUCUACAUCUACAUCUACAUCUACAUCUACAUCUACAUCUGUCUGAUCUUUGCUUAA